AUGUACUGCCUUCUAGCCAUCCUUUUGCUGACGGGCCAUGAGGCAAAAAACAAUGACCGACUAGCCAUCAUGAAAGUCGAGAAAAAUAGCGAGUUUUUUCGAAUGUACAACCCAAACGGAAUACGCCAGUUUCGAAAGGUCAUGGAUGGUGAUAAUAUAAUCUCUUCGACCAGCGAGACCGACGGACCUGGCACGUACAUGACGAUAUAUUGCACUCCCUCUCAAGACUUAGCUUACUUAGUUAACUAUAUCGCUAAUCGUGCAGAAUACAUCUCUAACGAUUCAAAAUUGAGUUUUAACCAAGAUGUUUCCGCUGAGAGAAGAUGUCUUGCAACUAUCAAUAAACAAUUUAUUACAUCAACGACAAAUGAAUUACUAUACAAUAGUCUUGACUCCCGUAAUUCUGGAUGCACUAAAAGUAUAGUUUACAGUCUAGGUGUGCAGGAAAACUUUUCGCUAGUUACUGAAAAUCAUGAAAUAAUCACGCAUAAUCACAAUUGCCAGCGGAGAAUAGUUGUUGACAAUCUGUUCCCGAUGUCCAUGGUGGUAUUAGACGGAAAAUUUAUAUACAACACUAAGAUUGAAGGUCAACAGUCUGGGCUUGCUUGGCAUCAGGGCGAUCUAAUUUUGUUCCAAAGACAGGAAAACACUAAUUUAUGGUAUCCGCUUAAUAGAUCAUUACAAGGCAUGGACCAUUAUGAUUACGUGAUCGACUUGAUCGUCAGGGUCUUCCCUCAGAUUGACUCCAUCAGGGCCAUAUUAAUGAAAGAAAGAGUCACGACAGCUUCAACUUCGAUGGAAUAUCAGAAUUCUAGCAAGAACAAGGACGCUAAUACACAUUCAAAGAUCAAAGAGAUACUGAGUAAAUUGGACAAAGUAAACCUAAAAUUUCCCUCGUCACCCGCAAGGGGAUAUUUAGGUCCCCUGUUGGCUAGUAAGGACGGACAAGGAGUUCGCACUAUAACUAUUCCAAGAGAAUGCUAUAGAGGCCCAACCACAAAUCGGUGA